AUGUUUGUCUUGCUUAUAUCUUUAUCUUUUUCAGUUAGUAUAUAUCAACCUGGCUACUAUACAGCAGAAGAAUAUAAUUUGUUUUGUACUAUUGAUUUUAAACUUGAAGAUUUCAAAAAUUACAAUUAUUACCGAAUUUUCUCAACUUUCAGGAAUUUUUAUACAGAUGAUGAUGUUAAAUUAUCUGAUAGUAUUUACUUAAUCAAUAAAUUACAGUACACCUUAAAAAUACAUGCUGCAUCAAACACAAAUAUCUCAUUUGGUAUCUUUCUAAUUCCUUCUACAUUUAAUUCUCUCGAAUUUCUCAUUUACCCAAGUUCAACUGCAUCGUAUACAAUAAAAAAUAAUAAUAAUUACAGAUUUCAGAAAUAUUAUUUGUUGAUUCUCAAUGAUGAGCCAUUUAAUAUCAAUAUUUCCAAAGGUCAUAAAGAUUAUAAUCGAAUUUCAUACAGUAGAUCAGGAAAUCUUCUCAGAAAUGAAACUGAUCUUCGUCAAAUUCCAAAAACGAAGAUUUUAGCUAUUGAAUAUUCAGUAAACACUUGUCCAUGCAACACUACUUAUAAAAUAUCCUCCGGCAAGUUUCAAUUUCCUUUAAAUUAUUAUGAUUCGCGUGGUGAGCCACUCGUCUUCCUUAAUAAAGUAUCUAUUGGACCACUUUUUGAUGAUACAUUUUUGAAAGCAGGUUAUUAUCAUUAUAACCUUACAGAUACCAUCUAUUUUAAUGUUUCUAAGAAUACAAUCAUCAUAUUCUCUAAUUAUCGUUAUGUUCAUGGUUAUGCUAUAUUUGAACAACCGUUUGUUCAAUAUUCAACGGAUAUUCUUUACCCAACGAAUAAUACUGCAAUUGAAUUUUCAUUAAAAGGUAUUUUAGAGCUUAUACCAUAUGAGGAUCAAGCUUUUUGCGAUUUCAUGGUUUAUAAUUAUACAACAAAAAGUUGUGACUAUACAUUAGUAAUCUCAGGAAAACAAAGUUAUCAAAUUGAAAAACAAGAAAUUGGUAAAUUGUAUUGUGUAUUCUUUGCUUUUGGUAAAGGACAAAUUAAUAUUGCUCCAAAAAAUAGCAUAUAUAAUGCUGUGAAUGCAUCUGGAGAAGAUAUGUUUAUUAGGCAAGUAAAUGAAAUGACUUAUGAUUUCCCUUUAUUAAUAAUUUCAGAUACAUGGGAUACCAAGAAGAACAAAAUUACUUUCGAAACCAAUACUUUUUCAGAUGAUCUAAAUUAUACUAUAGAUGGAAUAGAGUCAAAAUAUAGCUUUAUACAGGCAAAUGGACCUACAUCCACUAAAAUUAAUAAAAAUUAUAAAGUUGGAAGUGAAAUAAUAAAAAAUAAUAAAUGGAUAACAAUUUCUGUUAUUCUACUUGGAUCGAUCUUUGUAUUCACAUUAAUCAUAAUGGGAUCAUACUACUAUAUAAGACCCUGCUUUAAACAUUCAAAAGAAGGAAUGGAAUUGGAACUUAUUGAUCAAAAACCUGCUUGUCCUCCAAAUAUUAAUGAAUCUGCUUUACCAACAUUUCAUCCUUCUACAGAAAACAAUAGCUUCAUAGAUCCAUAUUUGUAA